UUGGGACCUGGUCCAAGACUCCUCACAGAAACACAGGAAAUGACAUUUCCUACAUUCUGCAGGACACACAGACAGAGAGAGAGGGAGACAGAGACAGAGAGAGGGGGGAGAGAGAGAGAGCACUGGGAGAGUGAGUGGGAGUUUCUAAGUGGGAACAGAACAUUUACUGUUUCAUAUUACACAAAAGUUGGGAAAGAGGAGAAGAGUCAAUGGUGGAUAAGGGUUCUGUUGGGUCGUCGUAGUCAGACUCUAUCUUGAAUGUAGCUGCUUGUUAAAGUGCUGUGCAGUCGUCUGGGUUUAUGGAUUCGCUGACUGUGGAAAAUGUACUUCUCUAUAGUGGUCCUUGUCCUGACUAAGGCUCUGGUCACAGAGGUAUGUCACGCCCUGAAUGUGACCGUGACCCCUGGACCUAUUGUCAUGGUAACAGAGAAAGACAACUUGACUCUGUCCUGCCUGGUAUCUCAGAGGAAGAGGAGCAACAGUGUUCUCAUCCUGCGCUGGUUCUUCUCUCCUCCUGCUGCUCCCACUCCCAUCCCUCCUCCUCCUCCCUCCUUGUCUCCCUCUCCACCUGCCACCGAGUCCUCUCAGUUUCUCAUCGUGAAGAUGGGUAUCAAGAAGAUGAAGCUGUACGGUAACUACACCCGUCGUUUCCCGUCACCAAAGUUCCGCUUGUAUGAGGACACAGAGGGAGAGCGCUACCGGCUGCAGAUGUUCAGUGCGACGGGGACAGACCAGGGUUUCUACACCUGCAGAGUGCAGGAGAUCCGCAAACACAGGAACACAUGGAGAGCAUCGUCCAAUGGUAGCAGCACCACUCAGCUCACAGUGCACUUUACUCAUGAGGAGGGCAGCAGCGAAGGAGUGUGGCGUUUAUUAUCAGAUGUGUAUCUGUGCGCUGUGCUCAUCUGUUCACUGGGAUUGCUCUCCAUCUUCCUGUUCACUCUGGUUCUCACAUGCCAGUGUUUUUACAAAAGACACAGACUCAAAGCAGCCAGUUACCUUCUUGUCAAGUGUCCAGAAAGCAGCUCAGGAGAAACCGUAACCAGCUCCAGCAGCACCUCCAGUUCCUCUCCCAGAGUGCAAAGGAAAGACACAAGACAUAAGACUGACAGACGAGUCAUCGUGCCACCACCUAAACUACCUGUAGCUCCACCACCGCACAUACCGGCCGAAGUGCCUGUUGCUGCAAAGAGACCUCGAAAGCCGAGAAGGUUAAAGACUCAGCCGAGGAGAUCUGCUGCACCCCGAGUAUCACAGGAGGACAGUCUGACAUAUGCAGAACUAGAGCUGGUGAGACCGAGGCCGGAGCCACAAGCCUCCUCCAGUCCUGACCCCGCACCCUCAAGCCCGGACACAGUGUACGCUCAGAUCCUCUUCCAGGAGAAACAGCUGUGAACGCAGCAGCUUGGUGCCUCAUAUGGCAAAGAUUCAGUUCUCAAAACUGAGCAAAGUGGCACCAAAAAGGACUAUAUUUAUGAACUAUCAGUACGGCAUUUAGCAUUUGUUUUUUUGGCUGUAAGUUACAGCUGUUGGUAAUGAGGCUUUUGUGUUUCCUCAGUGCUGUUCCAUUCCAGCGCAGCAGUUUUUUGGGUCUUAUAAUUCAGUUGUUUUUUUUGUUGGCAUUGCUGGCCUGUGAGCCAGAUGUUUAUAAGAAUGUUGUUACUGGUAACCAUUCUGUAUAAACUCAGGAGACUGUGGAAAGAAACCGUUGCCCAGGCUCUCUUUUACUGCCAUGUCAUAAGGCACUUGUGACACCAAGCCUUUUAACUGCAUUUACAAGUAUAGCACUAAUAAACAGAACUAAUAAACGUAUGCCUGGGAAAGAUUCA